AUGGCCAAAUGCACCAAGAAGGUAGGAAUUGUGGGUAAAUACGGGACCCGAUAUGGGGCUUCCCUCAGGAAGAUGGUGAAGAAGAUUGAGAUUAGCCAGCACGCCAAGUACACCUGCUCCUUCUGUGGCAAGACCAAGAUGAAAAGGCGAGCAGUGGGCAUCUGGCACUGUGGCUCCUGCAUGAAGACCAUGGCCGGUGGUGCCUGGACCUACAACACCACUUCUGCUGUCACAGUAAAGUCUGCCAUCAGAAGACUGAAGGAGUUGAAAGACCAGUAG